AUGCCUGUGUGCACACAGGUGUGCCAUGCCCACCACCUGCACCCAGGAGUGUACCAUGCCCACCACCUGCACCCAGGGGUGUACCUUGCCCACCACCUGCACCCAGGAGUGUACCAUGCCCACCACCUGCACCCAGGGGUGUACCUUGCCCACCACCUGCACCCAGGAGUGUACCUUGCCCACCACCUGCACCCAGGAGUGUACCGUGCCCACCACCUGCACCCAGGGGUGUACCGUGCCCACCACCUGCACCCAGGGGUGUACCAUGCCCACCACCUGCACCCAGGGGUGUACCGUGCCCACCACCUGCACCCAGGAGUGUACCUUGCCCACCACCUGCACCCAGGAGUGUACCAUGCCCACCACCUGCACCCAGGGGUGUACCGUGCCCACCACCUGCACCCAGGGGUGUACCGUGUCCACCGCCUACACCCAGGAGUGUACCGUGCCCACCUCCUGCACCCAGGGGUGUACCGUGCCCACCGCCUGCACCCAGGAGUGUACCGUGCCCACCUCCUGCACCCAGGGGUGUACCGUGCCCACCGCCUGCACCCAGGGGUGUACCGUGCCCACCGCCUGCACCCAGGAGUGUACCGUGCCCACCUCCUGCACCCAGGGGUGUACCGUGCCCACCACCUGCAUCCAGGGGUGUACCGUGCCCACCUCCUGCAUCCAGGAGUGUACCAUGCCCACCACCUGCACCCAGGGGUGUACCGUGCCCACCACCUGCACCCAGGAGUGUACCAUGCCCACCUCCUGCACCCAGGGGUGUACCGUGUCCACCGCCCACACCCAGGGGUGUACCGUGCCCCCUACCAGCGCACAGGGGUGUACCAUGCCUGCCGCCCACACACAGGGGUGUACUGUGCCCACCGCCCGCACUCAGGGUCGUACCGUGCCUGCCACCCAUACACAGGGGUGUACCGUGCUGGCAUGCACACAGGUGCACGGUGCUGA